AUGAAGUGUGUUUGCCUUCUCCUGGCUUCCGCGGCCCUCGUACACAGUUACGCUAUCAAGGACAAUGAGAUCGAAACAUCGCGUUUGAAUACUAGUGACGAUCUUCUAAAUAGUGUGAUCAGUGAUUGUUUUGAAGCUGAAAACCCAACGGCAUGCCUUAAAGUGAAAGUCCUGUCGUUCUUAGACACUAAGCUCGGUGUAACGUCGGAGUCUGCGAGAGCUUUCGAUGAUAAGAACAUUGACAAAGUGAUCUUUGACCGUGUUGGAAGAAUCCUGAACAGCAAUGAAAUUAAAGUUCAGUUACCUGAGUUUAUCUUCCAAAAUGCUGAAAUCUCGUACCGCGCUGAUAGAGGAUUUGAUGUAGAUUUCCCUGAAACUGACGCCGAAAUUGGGGAAGCCCGCGGCAUUUUAAAGAAGAAACUUCUGCUGCCAGUUCUUCUCCUUCUCAAGUUGAAGAUGAAGGCUCUUAUGCCCAUUCUCUUAGCCAUCGUCGGUAUCAAGGCUAUAAAGGCACUCAUUCUAAGCAAGCUGGCCAUCACUCUUGUCGUUGGAUUCCUCGUCUAUAAUUUAAUAAUGAAGAAAGGAGCCAUGCCAAUGAUGAUGACUCCUACAGAACCACCAGCACCCCAAUACGGUCCACCCGCGUCCCAAUACGGACCUCCUUCCACCGCUGCUCCUCAAGAUUCCUACAACCCUCAAUGGGAACCAGCUAGCUCUGGACCUUAUGCUAGGGUCUGGGAUCCCUCUCAACUCGCAUACAGCAGUUACUACCCUGGUGACUCUAGUGCCUCAUCAUCAGCAAACCAAUCACCGAGCUACUCCAGUGUGGCUUCUAUCUCAUCAUCAUCGUCUUCAGCCUCAUCACCCACCUAU